AUGCUAGAUGACAAGCAAAUAAGAAAAUAUAGAGAUGAAGUGGGAUUAUCAGAAGAGAAAAACACAGAAAUACUUGAAAAUUUAGCAAAAGAACUUAGUAAAUUAGAAAGAAUAACAGUAAAUGAGUUAUUUGGUGAUCUAUUAUUAACCUUGAUACUUGAAGAUUUUGAUAAUACAAUACUUUUUAUACAAAACAAUGAGAAUAAGUUGGUAUUUGAUAAAUCAUUUGUAACGUUUCUACUAACAUCUAAUUACUAUGAACAUAGGAAGUCAUAUUUAAGUUUAGAUUGUAGUAGAAGUGAUAUUUUACAAUAUAAAACAAACCUUAAGUUGUUAGUUCGAGACCCAGUUAUUGAUGUAGUUAAAUUAGCAGUUGAACAGAUAUGUUUAUUUGUUAGUGAGUUUUAUAAAGAAGCUCUUUUAGAAAUUGCACUUGAUUUGUACAACAAUCUAUUUGUAUCAAUCAAAGUCUUAUCAGUUGAUAUUUUAUUAUUAACAGACACACCCGAAUAUUUACUGGAUGAGUUAUUAACUAAUUAUAAUUGGCGAGUUAGGUAUUAUGUUGCUCAAAAUGUGAUAAGGUUUAAUGAUAAACUACAAGAUCAUAUAUUUUAUAAUUUAAAAGAUGAUAGUAUUGAAGAUGUGAGAAUAAUACUUGCAAAAAAUUCAUGUACUUUAAAUACACUUUACUUUCUGGAUGAUAGUUCUGAAAUAGUAAGAGGAUCAUAUCUUUAUAAUAUUAUUUCAAUUUUGAAUGAUGAUUUGAUUUUAGAUGUUUGUUUAAAAGAUAAAAGCUGGUUAGUAAGAAAAAAUUUUUUAUACUUAAAAGGUGAGCGUUUUAUAAAAUACACUUUACCAAUGCUCAAGUCAAUACGAACCGUAGAUAUACAUUGGCGAGAACGAGUAGAGAUAUUUAAAUUAUUAGAAUUUGUUAUUAAUGAUAGAUCAGUUGCCAAGUGUUUAUUAAAACCGUUUUUAAAAGGACUUAAAGAAAACUUUGCACAAAUUAGAGAAAAAGCAGGGAGAAAUUUAAUAAAAAUAGCAAAUAAUUUCCCACAGCUUUUUGAAAAAUACUUUGAAAAUAUUUUAGAAAUUGUCAAUCAUGAUUGUUAUUCUGUAAGAAUAUCAGUAAUACCUUUAAUAUGGGCACUUUCUAAAACUUAUUCAGAUUUUGACGUAAUUAAAGAAAAACUUAUGAACGAUUCAAUAGAGAAUGUUAGAUUAGCAGCAAUAGAAUUUGAAAAACAUGGAGAGUUUAGGCAUUUAAACUUUUUUUAUAAAUCAAAUGAUAAAGAAAAUAUUUUUAAAUAG